CUCUGUGCUGUCGCACGGCGCAUAUAGUAUCGGGACUGGAAAAAAGAACAUUCACGACGAUAGACUUACGUUACAAGAGAUUUUAGCGUAAUACUCUGACGUGAAAGUGAAAAAUGCAAUUGUGCACAGAAGGAUUAUGCGGAAAAAUUUAAUAAAAUUGCGAUUUUCCGAUAGUAAUAAACCUCAGUGCAAAAUGCUAAUAUGUUUCUUAAACAAUAACGACUGACGAAGAAGAUGUUAUAUCAAGUUCGUUAUUUGAUGCACAAUGUGAACAUUACGAUAAUGUAAACGGUUUUCAAAUUUCAGUUGCAAGAAUAAAGUUUUAGUGUGAAUAUAAAUUAGACAUUUUUUUACUGAUUUGAUUUUUAGUGAAACAGUUAAAAUUUUACACUAUGCGUAAAGUGACUAGUAAAAUCUCUACAGACUUGACAGUUGCUUUCAAGCAGCUCUUCUAUGAUAUCUUAAAACUACAUAAAACUGUUUCCUUUAAAAAGUAGUCAUUGUGCAUUUAGAAAAAUAUAUUGCAAAAUUUAUGGAAUAGACAACAGUGUUUUUGUGUGUGUAAGAUAAUCAAAUAUAUGUGUAGACAAUUGACUGCUGAUCUAAUUAUUAACAAAUCAAUCUAGCAAGAUGCCGAAAAAACCUGCUCCGAUAGAAGACCCGAUAAUACCACCGCAAGAUACUCGCAUCUGCGGCACAAUCUGCAUUUGCCAAAUGACAAUGGUAUUGUCAUCGGUUGCGCUCGUAUAUCUAACGGUCGCGAUCUACAUGCCAAGCGGUCGAGCAAUACAAUCGGGUAUCAAUGAAGUACCCGUAAUGUGUACUACAAUUCGAGCAGUAAAUGCCGACAAUUGCGAUUGGGGCAGCUGCGGUGAAUGGUGUUUGUCCAAGACUUCAGGACCUUGCGUACAGAUUCAUGUAAAUCUUCGUAGAAACGGAUCUACGAUUCUUUUGGCAAACUGUACAAAUACAACAAACAAAACAUGUUACGGCAUCGAUCAAGAAAACGCGAAGAAGUCCAAGUGCAUUGCAGAUGAAUGCCGCAAUCUUACUGGUACCUUCAAUUGCUCUGCAGGCACCUGCAUUAACAUCACCGAUGCCUUUGAAUGUGUAUUCCAUGACACGGAUCCACCUCUUAAAUGUUCAGGUCGCCGAGGUAAAAUUACCUGCAUCGAUAUAGAUGGCCUGUUUCACUGUAACCGCGGCACUUGCGAGCGUAUACGAACUCCUUACAACUGCGAUCGCAGAUGCGUUGACAUUCCGACCAGGAACAAGAACAUGAUUCUUCUCAGUGGUGACAAAGUAUAUCUUAGUCAGUGUGAACGCGCUAUAGACGUGACGACCAAUCGAGAGAUCUGGCAUGAGGAUCGCGGUGAUAUUAUGAUGGCCUCCUGUUAUGGAAUCUUCAACUCUUCGCUAGGUGUGGAAGCAGUGGAUUGCAUUAACGGCUCUGUAUUGGAAAAGAACUUACUGACUGACUUAACAAACUUCACGUACCUAUCUUACUUAAAUAUAUAUGCCACCAAACCCUUGGAUGUUGAAAAAAUAGUUGCACCACCAGAGCAGAGUUUGAUUAUUUCUAAUGAGAGUCGACUGUUAAUUAACCUUGAGGGAUGUGUAAACACACUUCGAGAUGAAUGCAAGGAAUUUCUUCAUGAAUACGGGAAAGAUGGAUCCGAUCACAACGCACGUGCUAGAUUUCCAUGUUAUUACGCUGAACACAACACGAACGUGGUUGUGUCACGUUUUGAUCUUCAAACUACCUAUCACGAAUUCUUAAUUGCACUACUGUUGCCAAGUAUCUUGUUCAUCGUUAGUUGUGCAACUCUGAUUUUUUGUCAGAAGACAGUCGUUGUUGGUGAUGAUUCUAAAAUGAGAUUCAAAGGACGAUUUGGCAAGCUAAUAUCAAAAGAGAGAAGCACGUCUGGCAACUUAGGAGAUGCUGGUGGAGGAGACUCCGUUAUGGCGCUUUGAGAUCCGUCACGCAUUCCCCUCCUGGAAGACAGUCCGGCGCGGCAAUCUAUAUUCUCCUUGCAUCAUGAUUAGAUAUGGAGAGUGGGGGGGGAACGCGUGAUUGUGAAGAUAUACGUUACAUAAAACCAGCACACAUGCACGCUUACGUGACAAGACAUAAUAAUGUUACGAUAAUUCAACGUGAAAUUCAGCACAAAUAUCUUGUUAAGAAAGACAUGAUAUUGUAAUACUUUGUUAAUUAUAUUGUCCAAUUUUGAUGAAUUAAGCCCACACAUUAUAGAUGUUAUUCUCAUCAUUAUCCAAUUAGGAAAACUUACUUUCCGCUUCCACAGUUAAGAAAGAAUUAAUGUGAAUCAUAAGAAUAUUCUUAGACGGGCAUUAAUUGGUUUGUUGAUGUGAAUUAUUACUAAUAGAUAUUUUCCAAGAACUUUCAAAUAUUUGAAUGAGAUCCAUUGUGCCACUUAGAAUUUAUAUCGGAAAUAGAUUCUACUUGUCACAAUGAGUGAUUUAAAUAUAAAUGACUUAAUGAUGGUUUCCAAAAUUAUAAAGCAAUGUGUUCAACGUUCCCCGCGGAAAAUAUGUAACUCAUGCAUCGCACACAACUGUCAUAUACUAUUUCAUAUAAUAUUUCACGGCCGUAGCUACUGGGUUAAAUAUACCCAUCUGUAAAAUAUUAAUUAUUAAUAUAGUGAGAGUAAAAACGAUUUUUCUGACAACGAUAUGUGAAGGUUAUUUCAUAUUGUACGUAAUAUAACACAAGAAUACUUACACAAUUUAUAUUGUAAUAAAGAAGAGUUCACUUAAAAUCUUUCAUAACUUGUAU